GUCUGAAUAUGGUACAGUCCCAAGGCCGAGUCCUUAACGUCGGCGUUGAAAAAGUAAUGCCUUCAUCAACUCAACCGGGUCUUUAUCAGCGUGGCCGAUUGGCUAAUUUCCCCCUUUGACGUGCCGUGCUACUCUUCUGCAAUUCCUUGCUUCUUCUGCACCUUUUUCAUCUGCCCAACUCUCCAAUUCUUCUAUUGAUUCGUGGAUUGUUUCCUCUGAUUUCUUGUGGGAUCUUUAGAUUUCUUUUGUUCUUCUGCAAUUGAAAUCCAUUGACCCUGCUGGAACAAGAAUGCUAGCGACCCCAUCUUCCAGUUCUAUGAAUCAAACUUCGGUGCUUGAUUGCCAUAAACAGACCCAUGUUCAUGGUUGCAAUCGAUUGAUCUCUCCGGCUUCUGUUUCUUCUUCCACUUGUUCGCUGAGUGUUUUUUCCAGUUCCCAUUUGUUUGGACGGCGAAUUAGUGGAUUCCCAUCUUCCAAUCUUGUAUCCUCGUUUUCCCCUUCUUUUCUCACAUCCAGAAAUGGUUUCAUCAGCGGUAGAAUCCGGCGGAAGAGGCGGUUGAGGAUUCCGGUCAUUUCUGCCAUUUUUGAGCGAUUUACGGAACGAGCGAUUAAGGCAGUGAUCUUUUCGCAGAGAGAGGCAAAAGCCCUUUCGAAGGAUUUGGUUUUUACCCAACAUCUUCUUCUGGGUUUGAUUGCUGAGGAAGAGCACAAUCAGUCUCCUGGCGGUUUUCUGGACUCGGGCCUUACACUUGAUGUGGCACGCCAGGCCGUUCGUGGGAUUUGGCAUAACAAUGAUGCGGAUGCCGAUACCAGUGUUGAUGGUGCGGCUGUUACGGCUCAUGUCCCUUUUUCUAUCAGCACUAAGCGUGUGUUUGAUUCCGCUGUUGAAUAUUCCAAGCAAAUGGGCCAUCAUUUCAUUGGACCGGAACACCUUUCCAUUGCUUUACUUGCUGCUGAUGACGAUGGAAGCAUACAGUUGAUUUUGAGGAGCUUAGGGGUAAAUGUUACACAGUUGGUAGAUGCAGCAAUGUCCAGGCUUAAAGGGGAGCUUGCCAAGGAUGGUAGGGAGCCAUCUAGUGCAUUGCAAUGGGUGCCUAAAAAAUCCACUUCUAAAAAAGCUCUUUCUAUGAAACUCUCUCAAAAAGAAAAAGAGAAUACUGCUUUGGCUCGGUUCUGUGUGGAUCUUACUGCUCGUGCUAGUGAAGGAUUCAUUGACCCUAUUUUUGGUCGAGAUUCUGAAAUUGAACGAGUUGUGGAGAUACUUUGUCGUAGAACAAAAAACAACCCCAUUCUUAUUGGUGAGAGUGGAGUAGGAAAGACAGCAAUUGCUGAAGGGUUGGCUCUCAGUAUUGCUCAGGCAGAUGCUCCAUUCGUACUGUUGAACAAACGGGUAAUGUCCUUGGAUAUUGGACUACUCAUGUCUGGUGCAAAGGAAAGGGGGGAAUUGGAGGCACGCGUUACUGCACUAAUUAACGAGAUAACUGAAUCAGGCAAUAUUAUCCUUUUUAUUGAUGAAGUCCAUUCACUUGCUGAGCUUGGUGCAAGUGGAGGUGGAAGUAAAGGGUCUGGUCUUAACUUCGCUAAUUUAUUGAAACCGUCUCUUGGGAGAGGAAAACUACAGUGUAUUGCUUCCACCACAAUUGGCGAAUACACAAAGCAAUUUGAGAAGGAUAAAGCAUUAGCACGACGAUUCCAGCCUGUGCUGAUUGAGGAGCCUAGCCAGGAGAACGCAGUGAGAAUGUUGAUGAGCAUUCGUGAGAAGUACGAAGCUCACCACAACUGCAGGUUUACGCUUGAAGCAAUAAAUGCUGCUGUGUAUCUGUCUGCAAGAUACAUAAGUGAUAGGUAUCUUCCAGAUAAGGCAAUCGAUCUCAUUGACGAAGCAGGUAGUAGAGCUCGUAUGGAAGCCUAUAAGAAGAAAAAGGAAUUGCAGACUUCUAUACUCUCUAAAUCACCGGAUGAUUAUUGGCACGAAAUUAAGGCUAUUCAGGCUAUGCAUGACAUGAACCUGGCCAAUAAACUCGAUGAUGGUGGAGUACAAAGCUCGGAUUCUUCUGGGAAUGACGUCUUGGAGUCCACUUUCUCUUCAAUAUCGGAUAAUUAUGAACCUGUGGUGGUGGGACCAGAUGAUGUCGCAGCAGUUACUUCUCUUUGGUCAGGCAUCCCAGUUCAGCAGCUAACAAUUGAUGAGAGCAUUCUUUUGAUGGGUCUUGACGAACAGCUCAAAAAGCGAGUUGUUGGGCAAGAUGAAGCUGUUUCUGCAAUUUCUCGCGCUGUUAAACGGUCUCGGGUUGGGCUUAAGGAUCCCGACCGACCAAUAGCGGUCCUACUUUUUUGUGGCCCUACUGGAGUUGGCAAGACUGAACUAACAAAAGUUCUGGCAAGGUGCUACUUUGGAUCGGAAGCAGCUAUGCUGAGAUUGGACAUGAGUGAAUAUAUGGAGCGACAUUCUGUGAGUAAACUGAUUGGAUCACCUCCAGGAUAUCUUGGCUAUGGAGACGGAGGAACAUUAACAGAAGCAAUAAGACGGAAGCCAUUUACAGUGGUAUUGCUUGACGAAAUAGAGAAAGCUCAUCCGGAUGUUUUCAACAUCGUACUGCAGUUGUUUGAAGAUGGACACCUUACAGAUUCUCAGGGACGGAGAGUGUCGUUUAAGAAUGCAUUGAUAGUAAUGACAUCAAACAUCGGUUCAACUUCAAUCAUAAAGGGUAGACAUCGCUCCGUCGGUGGUUUCUUUACUUCAGAAGAUGAGUCAUCGAGUUCAUAUGCAGGAAUGAAAUCUCUUGUGACAGAGGAACUCAAGGGGUAUUUUCGUCCCGAGUUGCUGAACCGGAUAGACGAAAUAGUCGUGUUCCAACCCCUUCAAAAGACUCAGAUGCUCGAGAUCUUAAAUCUGAUGCUUCAAGAAAUAAAGGAGAGACUUAUGCCACUCGGGAUUGGCCUAGAAUUAUCAGAAUCGGUAAUGGAUCUCAUAUGUCAAGUAGGGUAUGACAAAGCUUAUGGUGCAAGACCUCUUAGGAGAGCUGUUACUAUGAUAGUUGAAGACCCUUUAAGUGAGGCAUUGCUUUAUGAAGAUCCAAAACCUGGUGAUACUUUUGUUAUUGAUUUGGAUCCUACAGGGAACCCGUUUGUCAAAAACCAAUCCAAUACUGCAUUUCCACUUGUUUGAUACAGAAAAAUAACAUAGGAAAUAAGUUUACCAAUGAAUUAGAGCCGAAUUGUAUAGUUUAUAUUUUAUGUAUAGUUAUGUCGAUUUUUCCACAAAUAUUCUUUGAAAAUGUUAUACAGAUUACAACAAUAACUGUAUUUUUUUUAGGCCAGAUAAUAAAUAAGAGAAACUUUUCAUAGCA